AUGAAAUCUUUUCAACUUGUUGUAAGUGCUGUGAUCCUUUCGGUUUUCGUAGUGGAUGCGUUGAAUACGAACUCGUUUGAUCAAAUCAGAGGUUGUAGGCAGUACAACAGUGCGGUAAACUAUCAUGGUGCGGUACCAUACUUUCCGACGGCAGACAUGCUGCACGUCGGUAAAACAAACCAUUCCAAGGUAUUCAAAAUCGCAAUUCUUGGCCCUAGCGAUGGACAUAUACGGUUCGGCAAAACGUUGUUUCCCUACGAUAAGGAUGUGAUUGAGAUAGUGCUUGGAGGAUGGGGCAACACUAAGAGUGCUGGACGACGACAGCGCCGAACGGGAUCAAACAGGAACACCAAUACCCUGCUCGGCGAAGCUCAAACUCCAAACCUGAUGUCCCAGUACCGGCCCGUAAUGUUUGUGCUGGAAGUGUUCAACGACGGUUGGGUGAAAGUACGUCUCGAUGGUCAAUCAAUACCUUUCUUGUCGUUCAACGACAGUAAUCACAUUCCUGCCGUCUACAUGGCCUUUACCAAGUGGGAAAAAGAUUUGAUUUUCUUUUAUGAUUGUCCGCAGAAUAAUUAA